CUUGUACUAUAUAAUAAAAACGGGGACUACUCCACAGUCUAGUAUCAUCCAUCACAACUGUCUUUCUCUUCUUAACAAGUUAUACAACAAGCUAAAAAACAAUAAAAAUGGAGCCACAAGCUGUUUCUCCCUUACCGAACCGACAUGCAGUUUGCAUACCUUAUCCAGCACAAGGCCACAUCAACCCCAUGCUGAAAGUAGCCAAGCUUCUCCACGCCAGAGGCUUCCACGUCACCUUUUUCAACACCGACUACAACCACCGCCGCAUCCUCCGAUCACGUGGCCCUCACGCUCUCGACGGUCUCACCUCCUUUCGCUUCGAGACUAUCCCGGAUGGUCUUCCUUGGACCGACGUCGACGCUAAGCAGGACAUGCUUAAGCUUAUAGACUCCACCAUGAACAACUGUUUAUCUCCAUUCAAAGAUCUCCUCACCCGGUUAAACUCCAGUUCUGAUGUACCGCCGGUUAGCUGUAUUGUCUCUGACGCUUCCAUGAGUUUCACGAUUGACGCGGGGGAGGAGCUUGAGAUUCCGGUUGUUCUGCUUUGGACGAACAGUGCUACAGCACUUAUGCUGUAUCUCCACUAUCAAAAACUCAUGGAGAAAGGAAUCAUUCCUGUAAAAGAUGAGAGUGAUUUGAAGACGGAGAUAGAUUGGAUACCAUCCAUGAACACCAUUCAGCUUAAGGACUUUCCAGACUUCAUCAUUAAAAGUGAUCAUCAACAUCUCAUGCUUAAUUUCAUCACACAUGUCACCCAAAGAUCCAAACGCGCUUCCGCUAUAAUGAUCAACACUUUCGAAAACCUCGAACACGACGUCGUCUCAUCCCUGCGAUCGAUUCUCCACCCUCGGAUCUACCCGGCCGGACCGUUACCGAUCUUGGAAGACCGGGAAAUUAACCGGGACAGCGAGAUCGGACGGCUGAGAUUGAAUCUAUGGGAAGAAGAGACGGAAUCUUUAGACUGGCUUGACGCAAAGGCGAAGAAGAGUGUUCUCUACGUAAACUUCGGGAGUAUAACGGUUUUGACGAGCGAGCAGCUGUUAGAGUUCGCGUGGGGGUUAGCGAUGAGCGGGAAGGAGUUUCUCUGGGUGGUGCGAUCGAUUCUCCCGGCGGAUUUUCUAUCGGAGACGGCGGAUCAAGGGAUGGUGGUUACGGGAUGGUGUCCUCAAGAGAGGGUACUUUCGCAUCCGGCGAUCGGAGGAUUUUUGACUCACUGCGGAUGGAAUUCGAUGAUGGAGAGUGUGUUCGCCGGUGUUCUGAUGAUAUGUUGGCCGUUCUUCGCCGAUCAGUUGACGAAUCGGAAGUUUUGUUGCGAGGAGUGGGGGUUGGGGAUGGAGAUCGAGGGAGAAGUGAAGAGGGAGAGAGUGGAGGCGGUGGUUAGGGAGGUGAUGGAUGGAGCGGGAGGAGUUGAGAUAAGAGAGAAGGUGAUGGAGUGGCGGCGCGUAGCGGGAGAAGCUUCGGCGCCACCGUGUGGUUCGUCUUUUGUUAAUUUUCAAACGGUGGUUAAUGAAGUGCUUAUGGUUGACGGUUUGAGCGGUAUUAUUGGGCUUUGCGUAACUAAGAGCCCAUUUGUUUCUUGAUAUGCCGAUAUUAUCUGCCAAAUGCAUGGAGAAAUAUGUCUUUCACUGUCAGUCGAGCUGCCUUUGGAUGAAUACAAGGGAAACUCAAAUUUUAUAAAAUCACAAGUCCCAACUCCCAAGCAAGUGAGAGGGUAAAAACUAAAAAGAGAGGAGAAAAGCAUGAAUAUAUGAAUGAUAUAGGAUAAAGUUGAAACCAUAUAAUAAUAUAAAUAGUGCGUAAAAAGGAUAUGAUGGACUCGAUCUACAUAUGGAUUCCGUCGGAAAAAAUAUGACAAGAGUAUUAUAAAGAGAUAGAGCCGUCUUUAAAAGUUUGGACAAUCUUGAGUCGUCUUCUUGGGGCUCAAGUCAUAGCUCUGGUGUAGGUAAGAAGAAUGUGAAGCUAGCUUGUACUAAUUGGAAAAAAAUGCAAGAGAACUAAAAAGAAAUUGGUUCUUUGUUGUUGUUGAUUCACGUGUAGGUUUUGCUUCGCCGUCUAGUGAUACUUGUUGUGGUGCUUCAGAUUCUGGAGAAAAUAAAAGAAGCACCAUAAAAUAAAACGAUAUAUAGCUAAUUGCAUAAUAGAACCAGAUAAUAAUUUCAGUGGGUGUAAGCACCAUACCGAUUUCUGACGAAUAA